UUCGGAAUUUGGUUGUAUUGGUUCCUGUCUUUAGCGUUCAAGUAAGAUUUCCAGUUUGAAGUGCAUGCGGGAAAGAUUUUCAUAUUUCAGAGAUAAUAAUAAUUGAUUAAGUAUGGAUUUCCCAGUUAAUAAAGGUAAACAGAAGGGUAAGAAGCCAGUAAAUGAGGAGGAUUUACUUGAAGUCCCUGAGGGAUGGAAGGAGCCAGGGAUCUCGAAGGACCAGAACCCCCACGGCAUGGUCAGUGAGAGCUCAUUUGCCACACUCUUCCCGAAAUACAGAGAGGCUUACAUCAAUGAGUGCUGGCCACUCGUCAAGAAAACAUUAGGAGACCAUAAUAUCAAGGCUGAGUUGGAUGUAGUGGAAGGAAGCAUGACAGUACAGACAACCAGGAAAACCUGGGAUCCUUAUAUCAUCAUUAAAGCCAGGGAUCUCCUCAAACUGCUGGCCAGGAGUGUUCCCUACGAACAGGCUAUUAGAGUGUUAGAAGAUGAUGUUGCAUGUGAUAUUAUCAAAAUUGGUUCCCUGACAAGGAACAAAGAAAGAUUUGUCAAGAGACGACAGCGUCUGAUUGGACCAAAUGGAUCAACUCUCAAAGCGAUUGAAAUUCUAACUGAUUGUUAUGUGCUGGUACAGGGAAACACUGUGUCUGCUCUAGGUCCAUACAAGGGACUCCGCGAGGUGAGGAAGAUAGUCGAGGACACCAUGAAGAAUAUUCACCCCAUUUACAACAUAAAGACAUUAAUGAUCAAAAGAGAACUAGCAAAGGAUCCAGAACUCAGAAAUGAAAAUUGGGAAAGGUUUUUACCAAAAUUCAAGUCAAAGAACAUCAGUAAACGAAAGCAGCCGAAAAAGAAGAGGGUGAAAAAGCCAUAUACACCAUUCCCUCCUCCCCAACCAGAGAGCAAGGUUGACAAAGAACUGGCCUCUGGAGAAUAUUUCUUAAAACCUCAACAGAAGAAAGCAAAGGUGCAACAGGAGAAGAAGGAGAAGCAGCUGAAAGCUGUACAGAAAAGUCAGGAGAAGCGAGCCAAGGCCUUUGUGGCUCCGAAAGAAGACACAGCUCCUCCUAAGAAAAAACAGAAGGUCACGGAAGAUGUUAACGUGGAAGAAUUAAAAAAGAAAAUUAAAAAAUCACAGACCGAUCUCUUUAGUGCCAUCUGUAAAUUACAGGACUUACUUCGAGAGGAGGAAAAAUUACAGAUCAGUUUAAACAGGUACAUCAGCAGCAUUGAGGAAACUGGACAAACCCUUCCCCCGGGGAUCACCAGAUUUUCAGAGUCUCUUAAAAUCAAGCGACAGACUAUUGGAGACAGCACCCGGUAUAUCGAACACCCUGUCAAUGACUUUCAUCUCUUGUAUCGAUUUGUGGUGGACUGGCAGACCGUAUUCGAUGAUAUUUGGUGUGAGCACUGCGAAGUGACUGAUGCCGCCAAAGAUUUUAAUUUUACUGUUCAACUUGUAACUAAGCGCCUCGGACUGUGGCCCUCUAAGUAUGACCUUGAUGGCGCCUCGCACGCCCUUCUUCGUCUUUGGAAAGUGUACAAACUCAAUCUGGACGACUUGAUCAAUGGCAGGGUGGUGAACUACACUGCUGACCAGCCGAUGUCAGACGACGAGGUACUGGCCGUGACCCGGUACACUGACCGGGUCAAGGACGACUAUUCUGAGAUGAAGUGGCUUGGCGCUUUAUACAGACGAUUACAGGGACAGGACGGGUUCUCAAAAAAUGACUCGGGAGUCAUUCGUGUCGCUCGGGCACUUGCUGCAUCUCUUUAUAAACUAGGGCUGUCCAAGAAUGCAUCUCUUGUGUUGGAGCCAUUUCAAAGUUUGGGUAACCGUGGUAUUUUGAGGGACACCGCAUUUUAUCAAUCCAGUAUAACAAACAACAACGGAUCAGUUACAGAACCAAAACCACGUGACCCGAUGUACGAGGCCCUCUGCCGGGAAGAUCAAAAAACUCCCCAGGAACUGUCCCGACUCCGCUGCUUUUGGCGGGAAACCCUGGUGCCAUAUUACAGAGGAAAAGAGGAAGUUGUGAAUUACGAACCAAGAAUUUCUCUCUUUCAUGAUGUUAUCUCACCUGACUACAUAAAUAUUUUAAAAUCCAUUGCCUUAAAAGGGUUCUCUAGAUCCACGGUAUUCUUAGAGGGAAGUGGACCUAACGGGGAGACACGCUACGGUCAGAUGGAUGACGUCAGGGUUAGCCAAACAUGCUGGAUUGGCACAGACGAACACAGAGAGCUUGUUAGAUUGGAAAAUAGGAUAAAACUUAUAACAGGACUGAGUGCAACCUAUAAACCAUUCUACAGUCACUCGGAAAAAUUCCAGGUGCUGAACUACGGAGUUGGUGGCAUGUAUACGGUUCAUCAUGAUUAUAUGAGGUAUCCGCUAGGGGCACCUGUCAAUAUUUUGGAUUCGGAGGACCUUCGCUAUUCUGGGGAUCGAAUAGCAACAUGGAUGUUUUAUCUAAAUGACGUAAAAGCUGGUGGUGCUACAGUGUUCCCGGAAGUCAAAGCGAGGAUACCCGUCGCUAAGGGAGGCGCUGCUUUUUGGUAUAAUUUAAAACUGAGUGGAGCCGAGGACCCCCGAACUCUACAUGCCGGUUGUCCCGUCUUAAUCGGGUCCAAAUGGGUGAGUAACAAGUGGCUAAGACAGGAGGGUCAGGUGUUCCGGAGACUGUGUGGACUGACGGAGGAGGCCACGGAGGAUCUACCCACAGCCUGAGGGGUCAAUCAUAAGGUCACCACUCAGGACAAUAAUCCAGUCACGUGCUGGGCUCCUUCCUUCAUUCAACACAAUGAACUUUUUUAAUCAUCGCGUCAUAAAAUCACUCUAUUACAAACGUAGCGGCUGGUUACAAUUAAAAAUCAUUGUUUUUA